AUGGGGAGCUGCUGCAGCUGCCUGAACAGAGACAGCAUCCCCGACAACCACCCCACAAAAUUCAAGGUGACGAACGUGGAUGAUGAGGGGGUGGAGCUGGGCUCCGGGGUGAUGGAGCUGACGCAGAGCGAGCUGGUGCUUCACCUGCAACGGCGGGAGGCCGUCCGCUGGCCCUACCUCUGCCUGCGGCGCUAUGGCUACGAUUCCAACCUCUUCUCCUUUGAGAGCGGCCGCCGCUGUCAGACGGGCCAGGGGAUAUUUGCUUUCAAGUGCUCCCGGGCCGAGGAGAUCUUCAACCUCCUGCAGGACCUGAUGCAGUGUGACAGCAUUAACGUGAUGGAAGAGCCCGUCGUCAUCACCCGCAACAGCCACCCGGCCGAGCUGGACCUCCCGCGGGCCCCGCAGCCUCCCGACGCUCUAGGCUACAGCGUCUCCAGCUUCUCCAAUGGCUUCCCUGGAUGCCCCGGAGAGGGCCCCAGACUCUCCGCACCCCGGCGCCCCUCCACAAGCAGCCUUCGACACCCCUCAUUGGGAGAGGAGUCCACCCACGCCCUCAUUGUCCCCGAUGAGCAGUCCCACACGUACGUCAACACACCGGCCAGCGAGGAUGACCACCGCCGGAGCCGGCACUGCCUGCAGCCGCUGCCCGAGGGGCAGGGCCCCUUCCCCCCGCGGGCCCCGGGCCCUGACCAGCGGGACCCGCAGGCGUUCUGGCAGCCGGGCCAGGUGAAGUUCGUGCUGGGGCCCACUCCUGCGCGGCGGCACAUGAUGAAGUGCCAGGGCGUCUGCCCCAGCCUUCGCGACCCCCCUCACCACAACAACAACAACGGGGGCCCUUCCGAGUGCCCGGCCCAGCCCAAGUGCACCUACGAGAACGUCAGCGGGGGGCUGAGGCCCGGGGCCGGCUGGAGACUGAGCCCCGAGGAGCCGGGCUGGAGCGGCCUUGCCCAGCGCCGGGCUGCCCUGCUGCACUACGAGAACCUGCCCUCCCUGCCCCCCGUGUGGGAGAGCCGCGCCCCGCAGCUGGGGGAGGAGGCCGGGGAUGACGGGGACUCCAGGGACGGGCUCACACCCUCCUCCAACGGCUUCCCUGACGGCGAGGAGGACGAGGCCCCCCUGCAGAAGCCCUCGGGCCCCCGCGCGGCCCUCCGCAGCCACAGCAGCUUCCCCGUGCCGCUGGCGCGCUGCCGGGGCUCCCCCAGGGUCUUCCACUUCGACUUCCGCCGGCCGGGCCCCGAGCCCCCCAGGCAGCUCAACUACAUCCAGGUGGAGCUGAAGGGCUGGGGCGGAGACCACCCCAAGGGGCCCCAGAACCCCGCGGCCCCCCAAACCCCCACGCCCACCUCCCACCCUGCCCGCAGCUCAGACUCCUACGCCGUGAUUGACCUCAAAAAGACCGCGGCCAUGUCCAGCCUGCAGAGGGCUCUGCCCCGGGACGAUGGCACGGCCCGGAAAACCCGGCACAACAGCACUGACCUGCCUCUGUAG